UAUUUACAUACGAUACUAUACCUAAAAAAGAUACAAAACAUAAUUCUCUGGGACCCACCUUUUAUGUAAAUGAGCCGAUUGAGUAAGCCUCUGAUCCUUCAUCUCUCUCUCUCUCUCUACCGUAUCUUCAAACUUCCAACUCCCCAACCCAAACCUUCGCCGGCGAUCAAUCCACCGGAGGCAAUGGCAUCAAUUUCCUCCACUCUAACCUACUGGCUCGUUAACCACCCCUACAUCGCCAAUUUCAUUUGGACCGAAGGUGAAACCUUAGGCUCCACCGUCUUCUUCGUCUCCGUCGCUGUCUCCGUUUACCUCUCCGCCACAUUCGUCCUCCGAUCCGUCAUCGAUUCACUCCCCUCACUCAGUCCCCGUAUACUCAAACCAAUCACAGCCGUUCACAGCCUAGUCCUCUGUCUCCUAUCCUUAAUCAUGGCCGUUGGUUGCACUCUCUCCAUAACCUCGUCUCACGCGUCUUCAGAUCCGACAGCGCGUUUCCUAAACGCGAUUUGUUUCCCCCUCGACGUUAAACCUAACGGACCGCUUUUCUUCUGGGCUCAAGUCUUCUACCUCUCCAAGAUCCUCGAGUUCGGAGACACUAUCCUCAUCAUACUCGGAAAAUCAAUCCAACGGCUCUCGUUCCUCCACGUCUACCACCACGCGACGGUUGUGGUCAUGUGUUAUCUCUGGCUCCGAACUCGCCAAUCGAUGUUUCCGGUUGCGCUCGUGACGAAUUCGACGGUACACGUCAUCAUGUACGGUUACUACUUCCUCUGCGCCGUUGGAUCGAGGCCGAGGUGGAAGAGAUUGGUGACGGAUUGUCAGAUUGUUCAGUUUGUUUUCAGUUUCGGAUUAUCCGGUUGGAUGCUCCGAGAGCAUUUGUUCGGGUCAGGUUGCUCCGGGAUUUGGGGAUGGUGUUUCAACGCUGCGUUUAAUGCUUCUCUUUUGGCUCUCUUUUCCAACUUCCAUUCAAAGAAUUAUGUCAAGAAGACAAGAGAGGUGGUUGGCAUAAAAAGUGAUUAGAUUAGUUUCUUGGACAAUAGUUAAAACCUCUCAUUGUGUCUUGAAUUGUUGAUUAGUUUCCCCGCAAAAGGAUUUAUUGUCUAUUUGUCCAAAAAAAAAAAAAAAAAAAAGGAUUUAUUGUCUUGAAUUGUUGAUUAUUUUGGUCUGUGUUGUUACUUGAAAAUGUUGAGAUAUUUGAUAUUGUUUUAUAGAUAAGAUGACAGAAAAUGUCACACAAAUCAUGA